AUGGGCAACUGUUGUGCAUCAAGUAAAGUCUCAGUGGCAAAGAGUACGGCCGCGCGCCAGGAAAGGGGCGAGGCAGCGAAUUACCAAAAGAACUCAUUUGAGUUGCACCCUGAAAGGCCCGAGCAACCCCCAACUGAGUCACGGCGUAAUCUCUCCCAAGGUCCAGGCGAAACCCCUGAAGGGCAAGAACGAAAAUGGGUCUUAAUCCCGCUUCCAGAAGACAACACGUUUGACAACAUUGGGGUCGGUAGGGCAAGAAAGGAGGAAGAAACCCCCACCUCCGCUGCAGCGCUUGAGAAGAGUGCUCAGAAUCCGAAAAAAAACGACAACCCUGAUGAGCUGGAGAGAGCGCAAGUCUACGAUAGCCUCGAAGCAGGGGGGGUCGCAGAGUUGACACAUCCCUUGGCUGCGGGGAUCGCGCCCGGUCCAGCUCAGCCGAGAGAAACUGGCGUUCCUGCCAAGGUGGUCUCACUGGCAUUGAACGACGCACGUGAGUUGAGCACUGGCAGUGUCUGGAGCGCCCCCGAGGUGGAGCGGCACGAGGAGGGAUCGGAGAUGGAAACGGUAGCCGGGCCCACCUCCACCGCCAUUGCCAUUGCCGCCGCGCCGGCCCUGCCGCCUCCGGUGCGAUUGGGCUUCAGUGACAGUGACAGUGAGCCUGAGAGGAGUAAGUCCAAGGCGGAGGCGGAGGCGGGGAACACGCGGAGCGAGCCUGACGUGCUGGUUGCGAGUGUCAUGGUGUUGCCCGCUGUUGUAUCCGAGGCGCUGAGGGCCACAGAGGAGGAGCCGCCACGCCUCUUGAACGAUGAACAGCAAAACCAAAAACCGGACCGCGGGGAGGCAAAGGGUGAAAGUAACGCAGCUGUCAGAAUAAACGAAAAGAAAGCAAGGGACCCCGCCGAUGGUGUGGAAGAAGCUGAAGCGUCAGAAACGGUGCACCCUAGUCUCCCCUCUAAUAAUAUGAUCCACGACAAUGAAAGCAGUGUUGGUAGCGAUGGUGGUGGUGGUAGUAGUGGCGGUGGUGGCAAUUUACUCGCGCAUAUUAUCCGACAGAGUGCGGAAAAGGAACAACAUGAAUAUGCAGCAAAAGAUGUCAGGGAGGACGGUGAGCAGGGCGCGUUGAAGGCGCAUGAAAACGUUGUGGAGUUCAAUCUGGAAUUUACUGACGAAGACGGUGAAGAUGCCGGGGAACAGCACCUCUCGAGUGGGGGCUUGGCGGUCAUCAGGAACGUCGCCUCGGGUGCGGGGGCACACAAGGAGCACCCUGAUAAGGUGCUUAACUUGAGCGACGGCGAUGACUCUGUGGACAGGGCGGGUGGAGGAAGCAAGCAGGAAACCGGUGAGAGCAGUGUGUCGAAGGCGAAGAGGAACUCUGUGGGGUGCGUCGACAGCGGUAGCAGUGAUGAUGCGGGUGAACAGGAACGCUUGGUGGCGAUUUUGUCUCGCGUGCAGCCGAAGCAGGAGGAUGGGGAAAAGGAACUAGAAGAAAAAAAUGCGUCGAUGGUGCCCCUCCACGGCGGCCUCGUUGAGGCAACAAAGUUCGAGCAGCUUGUGGCACUGAAGACGACUUCCUCGCAGUGGGCGCAGCAGCCUGUGGUUGUUGCCGCCAACGACUCUCUCCCACCUGGGCGCCCCCGCAACACCGCGAUCAUCUCUCCGCUCCCUGUGACUCCCCAGAGCAAGGGCAGCAUUGACGACUAG